AUGUCCCGCAAGAGAAAGCAAGAUGAGGAGGAGGAGGAGCUCGUCUCCCUCCCUGAAGACGAUGAUGGCGAGGAGGAAGAGGAGUACAUCUCGACCGGAGAUGAGGAGGAGCAGAGCGAAGAGGACGAGGAUGCCGAGGAGGAGGAGGAGGAUGAUGAAGAGGGCGACGAGGCUGAAGAGAAGGUCGAGCCACCCGUAAAGAAGCGCAAGACGACCGAGGCUUCGGGCGAAGAGGCCCCCAAUGGUGACGCUGCCGAGGAAGAAGAGGAGGAGGAGCCAGAAGAAGAAGAGGAAGACGCUGAAGCAGAAGGCGAGGAGGACGCCGAGGCUGAUGAGGACGCGGCCGACGUCCCUGCUCCAGCCAAGGAGACCAUCAAGGCCCCCGAGGCACCUGCUGCGACCGAGACUCCAGAGCCCAAGACUGUCACGGCUGGUGGCGAGUAA